AUGAAACUUUACGCUUUUUUCGCCGCCAUCGCUCUCGCCCAAGAAGACGACGUCGUCGCCGAUGACGUCUGCAUCUCCGGCGGAGAGGAAGUAAGCUGCUUGACUGUCCGAGGCCGAAAGGACAGAAACAAGAACAAGGAAGAGAACAGAAGCUCUUUGUCGCCCGAAGAGCGCCGAUACGCCGAUUUGAAGGCAAUCGCCAAGAAAAUCUGGGGCAACAACGGACUCAAGGGCAAGAACAAGUUCGACGAGCGAAAAUACUGGGCUUACGGAUGCCACUGCUACUUGCUCGGAGAUCGACCUCUCACUGAGAUGGGAACCGGCGCUCCAAAGGACGAGCUCGACAACAAGUGCAAGGCCUACAAAGAUUGCCAGAAGUGCGUCCGAGAAAAGCACGGUGACACCUGCAUCGGCGAAUUCACCCAAUACACCUGGAGCUACAAGUCCAAGAACGGCAUUGGCUUCGUUUCUCAGAACGAAGAAGGCUCCUGCGAGCAGGAAUUGUUCCAGUGCGAUCUCAAAUUCGCCCAGGACACCUUCGCCGCGAUGAACAUCUUCAACGAAGACUACCACUUCUUCUGGGGCGGAUUCGACAACCGAGACCCCGACAACUGCCCCUCCAACGGUGGUAUCCCAGUCGACCACCAGUGCUGCGGCGGUUAUGAUCGACCCUACCACUGGAUCGGCCUCAACAAGAACAAGUGCUGCCCCGCUUCCGAUGGCAACUCUGGAAUCGUCACACCCGUCGAAGAAAACUGCUAA